UUAAUAAAUAAUAUUUCCUCAUUAGUUAAUAGUUUGAUUUAGACAGUGUUUCGCGGCAAACGCAUCAGUUAGUGAUCUAUACUAUUCAUAUUCAUAGGUAUACGCCCGUAAGUUGCAGUCGCUACUGCACAGUCCGCACCCGUAUGUACGUUCGCGUAGUGCGUCUCAGAAAACUAUCCUUAUCGAAACACUGUCGUACAUACAUACACACACAUAUACGCUUAUACCUAAAAUCGAAUUUUAAAAAUCAAGGAAAACAUCAUCGGUGCUCGGGAUUUCCUUAAUGAUAGACGUCUAUCGUUCGUUUUAGCGUGGUUGUGUCAAGCGACGAUGCAAUUUAUCGUCGAAGCUGGUGGUUGUUUUGAGCCUGGUGUGUUACUCGAUUAGAAUGGUUGCAAGUGUCGCGCGCAUCGCUGGCAACCCGUGUAGUGUUGUGCCAAAAUAAAUCAGUGUUAGCUUUUCCUCGGUUACUGCCAGUGAACGAAUGUACCCCGUCGUUCGGAUUCGUUCGCAAGCGGCGGGACGAGCUAUGAGGAUUUGCGAUUACCCGCUCUUUUGUUUUGAAGACUAUGGGUGUCAUACUCCGCUGAUGUGCAUCCCGGUAUUUUAAAAGCGAUCGGCUUCGCCGAGCGGAGGUGUUUUCUUCGACUAUCAUCGUACCUACCCACCGAAUUAUCUUCUCCUCGCUCACCUGAGUUAUAUUCACGACAGAGCUGCAACGCAUCAUUUUUUUCCACACUACUGUUUCCAACUACCUUAUCCGCCCUGACGUGAUUCGCCCGGUUUGCCCGCCACAGGACGGGUUAUGUUUCCCACUUUCAUCGGAAUUCUAGACAUUCAAUCGUGGUGGGAGGUGCCAAGUAUAGCACACUUCUGCUCAUUAUUUAGGGCUGCCUUCAAUCUUCUGGACUUUGAUAUUGAGGAUUUAGAAGAAGCUUUACUAACGGAUGGUGGAACAGAAGGACGUUUAGUACAGGAACUAAUAGUCAGGUUACUGGAAGGUUGUUUACCUAAUGAUACCCGCAAUGACAUCUCUACCUUUAAUUAUCAGAUGUUUCUUCGUAGACUUUUUCGUAAGAAAUGUCAGGAAUACAAGUGUGAGAAUCCUUUUAAUACAGAUGUAGAUUUUGAAUUAUUGCCUCUUCGUCAGAAAGUAGAAAUCUUACGUGCUCUCUGUGACUUCAGGCUCGACGCCGAAGACGUGGAGCAAUCAUUAAGUAAUUUAGACUCGGAUAGCCUGCGAGUCGAACCUUUAGGACAUGAUCGUAAGAAUUCUGCCUAUUGGUACUUUUACGGCACUCGAUUAUAUAGGGAGGACUACAUUGAUACUUCUAACAGCAUCUCGUACAAACAGAAAAACAAACCUAGGGAUAAAAAGCGUAAAAGACGACGAAACAGAGUGGCGAAGGAGGAAGAGGAAGAGGAGGAGAAGAAGGAGGACAGUUUAAUACACGGGGAGGGAAAAGAAAGCGUCUGGCAGGUUGUCUGCUUUACUCAACAGGACUGGAGUCGUUUAGUUGAAAAAUUUCGUGAUUCGGAGUACGAUACCGAACGUAAACUUUACCGUACUCUAUCCGAAGAUUUCAUGCCGGAAAUCCCUAAACUUUUUGAUUUAAAAGAAAAACAACAAAGACGCAAAUUAUUACAACGUAAUAGUUCGCGCGUUCUUCGAAGCCACGAACCUGCGGCACAGAUGGAAACAGUCAUGGUUAGAUCGAAGAUCAAAACUAAAACGAACAAAGGAAAUAAAAAGGGGACACAGAAUUCAAAGAAUGUUUAUGUUAAAGAGGAGACACCUCCACCCUUGCCUUCUCCUCCAGUUCAAAAGAAAGGACGUCAAACUAAUAAUUCGUUAGCUUCAGCCGUUGGUCAAAUUGUAAUUCAUACCGAUGAAGUGGAAGGAACAGAGAAGAAAAAGGGUGUUGGAAGUAAUAGCGAUGGAAAUUAUGUAGCUUCUAAUUACGGAUAUAAAUAUGGAUAUUCAUUUGGGAUCGAGGAAGAAGAACGUCGAGUUGGUAUGCACAAGGUUCUUGAAAGUCUUAAGGACCAUGUGGACGCCUGGCCAUUCAUCGAUCCCGUAGACGAAGAAUAUGCACCAAGAUACUAUAGCGUGGUACGCAAACCCAUGGAUCUUAGUACAAUGGAGGAAAAACUCGAGAAUGGUUUAUAUAAAAAUUUAAACGAAUUCAAACGUGAUUUUCGGUUAAUAGUAGAUAAUUGUAGACAAUACAAUGGUUCUGAUAAUGAGUAUACCGAAAUGGCGUUCAAUCUUAAGGAAGCAUUCGAUAAAGCUGUGAAUCGUUACUUAGAAUCGGAAACAUCCAGCGAUGAAGAUACUUCAUCACCGAAAUCCUGUCUCACGACUCCUACAUCCCCGUCGUGCCCUUCCCGUGUUUCGUCUCCUCAUCAAAAUAGGAAACGUUCGAAAAAGUCGACUAAGAAAUCCAAAUCGUACAAGUCCGAAAGUAAAGGAAAGUCCAAAGUGAGCGAUAAAAACGACGAAGAAGAAAAACGGGGGAAAAAUUAUAAACUUCCGAAGAAGAAAAGGGGGAAGAAAAAGAGUAAAAGAGUAAAAGAUGAGGAAUCCGUGAACGAGGAAGAACAGGAAGAGCAAGAAAGCGAGGAUGCAAUGUCCGAAUCGAGUAUUAUAACGUCAAAAAGAAGAAAACAUCUUGACGUGAAUAACUUAUUAUUAAAAACCAAAAAGCUGUCGCCCAAAGAAUCGGAGGAAUUUAAAAAGAUGGAUAGAAAGAUGAGUAAAGAACGUCAUCAACAGAAAAAGGAAGCGGAAAGUAUGCGACCGAUAAAGGAUUCGAAAGAAAACAAAAAGCGAAAAGAGGACUUCGAGGAAGAUUACGAGCCCCUAGUCAUCGCGAAAAGUAAAAGUAGAAAAAUCGAAAAGAAAGAACUCGAAGAAACAGAAAUAUUCACGGAUAACGCGAAGAAGAACAAAGUGAAAAAGAACGAAUCUCACGAAAAUGAAAUCGUGUCGGAGGAGAAAGAUAAAAUUGAGCAUAUCAAGGUAAAGAAAAGUCGAAAAAAGGAAAAGGCAGGAUUAAAAGUCUUGAAAUCCGACGAAAAAUCCGAGAAGAAUCAUAUAAAGGAUAAAGAGAAAAAAUCAAAACAGAAAAACGAUGAACUUAAAAAUGGCGAAAUAUCGAGCGAAGUAGAUUCCAAAGAUGUAGAUCUAGAAAGUGAUAUAGAAUCGAAAGAAAUGCACGCAUCUAAAAAAAUCCCUGCAUUUAUAGGUAAUAAAGAUAUAGAAUCGUUGGACGGUUUAAAGGAUAAAAUAAGCGAGAGGCGGCGGGAGGAAAAGUUAAAAAGUGAAAAGGAGAAACAGAAGAAAACGUCGAAAAGCGACCUUCACAAUAUGUAUUCAAAAAAAGUGCCUUCAAACGGUAGUACCUUUAACGACAGCGAUAAAGCCAGCGCAAAACGACCAAAGCUAAAAAAAGGAAUGAAAGAAGAAAAAGUUCCUACUACGGAAGAUCCAGUUAAAACUCAAGACCAAGAAGUCAAUGAGACCAAGAAAAUAAAAGUGGCUCCGACCAAAAGUACCAAAGGAUUUGGAAAAGAAGAAAGUUCGAUACAAGCGUUGAAUCAAGCAACAGAGCAAACACUCCAUGACAUCAAUAAAUGGCUCGACGACGCACCGAGACUUUCUGAAUUUUCUUCUGGAAGCGAUUCUCCGGUAUUUCAUUCUUCCGUUGAAAUUGGUCGAUCAGGACCAAAGGUAGAAGCGCCGAGAAAACGACCAAGUUCUAUCAAGAUCUUUGGACCUCAUGGACCUAGUAGACCAAAAAAAAUACAACGUACAAUAGACCGUUUGCAACCUGGGAAAAGUAAAGGAAACUUGCUGUUAAAGAAACCGUUGAAUUUACCUAAUGCUGGUACCAACGAAACAACGGUACAUCCGUCAACCGGCGACAAUGAUCAAACGAAUAAAAACGCGGACGAAGAACCAAAACUUAGUCUAGGAACUGUUCUAAAAAACGUGGAUUCCAUUCAAUUAAUUUGUAAGAGCUUAGUUUCUUCGCCUAAUCCUAAUUUUUCAAACGACGACGAGGAAGAAGACCACAAUACCGUUCCUACGAUCCCAGUGUCUAGUUUGAAAGAGGAAAAAUCAUCGUCCGGCGUGACAGCGACACAAGCACCCGCGGCAACAGAGGAAUCUAAAGAUGAUCAGUCUACCGCUAAGGAAACGCAAAAACCUAAAGCAGCAACGCCUAAUUUAAGCGCAUGGUUCAAAGCCUUUGGUGCGCCUAAGUCGAAGAAGAAAGACGAGGAAUCUGAGGAUAGUACGACAAAGAAAGAUGGUGACUUGCAGGAAGUGUUUUACGGUAGACAGAGGAGAAUGAGUACGGGUGGUAGUAGUGUAAGUGAAUCUGUUUCGAGUUUCUCUCAAGAAUCACCGCCUGGACGAUCCGGUCGAUCUCCGCAAGGUCAACCUAUAAUGGCUUCGGUUGAACCUCAAAUAAGAGGAGCUGGAUUUUAUCAAGACGCUUUAUCGACAGGAAGUAGUCCUUACAAUAGCCCUUAUUACGCUACUCCUCCAAGAUACAGUGCGCAGUUACCACCUACUCCUUCUCCACAAAAUCAUCCUCUAUCUCCUGCUUAUCCAUCGUCGUCUUAUGAACAGGCUCCUCUUUAUUCUCAAAUACCAGCUCAACAGCAGCAUCAAACGUUUCAAAAAUCUCCACAGGAAAGUUCUGGAGAAGUGUAUCACCAGUUAUCACCUACAUUUCCACAGCGUUCUCCUCAAACAAACUUCCCUCAAAACUCCGCUCAAAGCGAACCUUUCAAUCAACCAGUGCAAUCUACCGCUACCAAUCAAAAUCCACCCGCGACCUAUUCGCAACAUUCGCCACAGCCGGUGCAACAGGUGUAUCCUCAGCCAUCUCCUCAGCCACCACCGUCGAAUUACUCGCAACCAUCGCCUCAGCAAUCGCCCACUCCUAAAUAUUCGCAGCUUUCUCCACAACAGAACGCUGCGAAUUAUUCUCAACCUUCCCCGCAAGCUUCCAACUAUUCUCAAGCGUCUCCUCAACAACCGCAUUCUCCUUAUUCGCAGAAUUCUCCUCAGGCGCCUCCAAAUUACUCUCAACCGUCACCACAGCAGCAACCUUCUCCUUACGCGCAGUCUCCUCAACAAUCGUCCGGAUAUUCUCAGCUCUCGCCUCAACCGCCUUCGAAUUAUUCUCAACCGUCGCCUCAACCACCUUCGAAUUAUUCUCAACCAUCGCCUCAGCCGCCUUCGAAUUAUUCUCAACCUUCGCCUCAACCGCCUUCGAAUUAUUCUCAACCAUCGCCUCAGCCGCCUUCGAAUUAUUCUCAACCUUCGCCUCAACCGCCUUCGAAUUAUUCUCAACCAUCGCCUCAGCCGCCUUCGAAUUAUUCUCAACCGUCACCUCAACCGCCUUCAAAUUAUUCCCAACCGUCGCCUCAGCCGCCUUCGAAUUAUUCCCAACCGUCGCCUCAGCCUCCACCCGUCUAUCCGCAACAGUCUCAACCAUCGAACUUUUCUCAUCCGUCUCCUCAAACGCAUGCCGUUGGUUUCACGCAGUCGUCGCCUCAACCUCUUACAGCGUACUCUCAACCGUCGCCUCAACCACGAAACUACUCUCAGCCCUCGCCACAACAGAUUCAAACUUUCCCGCAACAUUCUCCGCAAGCACCACCUUCGUAUUCCCAACCUUCUCCGCAAAACACACCGUACUCUCAACCAUCGCCCCAGCAACCCGCCAAGUACUCCCAGCCGUCUCCUCAGCAACCAGCAAACUAUUCGCAUGCGAUACAUUCGCCUCAAACGCCUCAGAAUUAUUCGCAACUGUCUCCUCAACAGGCACCGCCGAAUUAUUCUCAACCUUCACCUUCACCUCAACAAUCUCGCAACUAUUCGCAGCCUUCUCCAUCGCCUCAGCAGUCGCGCAAUUACUCUCAGCCAUCGCCAUCGUCUCAACAGUCCCACAAUUACUCUCAGCCAUCGCCGUCACCUCAGACCCGCAACUACUCCCAACCUUCGCCGCAACAGAAAACUGUGUGCGCCUCGCAACCGUCUCAACAGCCUUCCAACUACUCGCAGCCAUCGCCUCAGCAGAGCAGCAACUAUGCUCUGCAACAGCAAUCGUCCAAAAACACGGAAGAGUAUCCGCAGAACCCGUCAACGCCGUCUAACUACUCCCACGGAUUCAAACAGAAUCAUACUUACAUACAGUCCCCGACGCCGUCGUCGAUCAACGAAACGGAACACCGGACCGAUUACACCAAGUCCAGCAGCGCUGAAAAAUCAUCGAGCAUAGAACAACAGAGAAAUUUCGCCGUGUCGGCCGAGGCAUCGUUGAACUUAAACGCAAAUCAUCAAAUAUAUCAAUCACCGAAUCAGUACCCGCCCGCGUUCGCCAACAAUUACUCCAACAUCGAUCUGCAGAGGUCCGUCUCGAGACACGGUGGUCAGGAGCAGUCUCAACAGCAACAGCAGUCAGCCCAGGAACGUGUCAGUUUCACGGACUUGAGCGAAUCUCUGAACGCCCAGAAGUAUGCUCAGCAACGUUCGUUCCUCGGUAAAACUUCCAGCACGGGCGAACAGCUUUCGACGCAGGAUCAGUCACAGCUCUUAGCAUUCCAGCAGAACCUGACGGCCCACGAAUCUCUCUACCCGACCAGUUUCCAGCCAUCCGGAUACCCGAUGCCAAAUUCCAGACCGAUGUACCCCAGUCCGCAUUAUUUCGAUACCGGCUCGAAGACUGCCAACAGCGGAACCGCCAAUAGCUCCACGGGUAACCUACCACCGGUGAAGAAACGGGCGUACAACGAAUCAUCCGCCGAGGCGUCGCGUGGUUUGACGCAAGAGGCUGCCUCGAGAGCGAGCCAGGAACAGUUCGGUUUCGAUCCCAUAAUGGCGUUACCGCAACCGGAAACAGUCUCGGCUAGUCAGUUCGACGCUACCUUCGUCGGGAACCUGGCAGACUCGGUCGCAACGAAUUCGGCGGCGUACGCUCGCCUAGGUCUAGGUCUGGUAGGUCGCAGCGGCAAAGAACAGCAACAAUUGUUGACGAUUCCUAGACCACCGGCGACGAAGGCGGAACACCUGGCGUACGCUCGCAGUCCCGCCACCGGAGCCGCGGAGCUGGACCUGAAUCUCCUUCAAAGUCUGCAAACGGCCAGCGCGAAGAACACGCAGGGUAUACUGUCCAUGUCUCGCAGGGGAGCAGACGCGUCUUCGGGUUCCACGUCCACGCCUGCUAAAACGAAGAAAAGCAGGAAGAGCAAGCAACAGCAGCAGGAGCAGCAGAACGUUUCGUCGACGGUCAGCAGUGAACCCCAGGCGAGCAUACCUGGUUUUCCACAGUACACGGGGACGUCUGCGGAUUCGAUCGGUUUAAAGAACACCGCCAUAGUCCCGCCUGCUGGGAGUGCCUUCAACUUUGCCGCAUCGACCAACACCACCACCAGUUCACCUUUCUACGAUAAGGACGCGACCGCUGCGGCAUUCGCCUUUUUGGACGAGUUCCGGAAUCCGAACAGUUAUUACAGCAUGGCGCUAAGGCAGCAGCAACAACAGCAGCAACCGCAAGUACCGCCCGUCUCGGAUGCCACACAACAAGCCUGCAACAAACUUACCAAUCAACCGCCAAGAAACUAUCCACCUCAUCCUUUUCUUCAUUCUGCACAGAGGUCGGCAGCUUACGGUCCACCGGUAUCCGCUUACGUGACUCCGCAUGGACCGAAUUUGACCAUGGACCCAACUGCCUAUCAACAGUACAUCCAUUCCCUCUAUGCUCUUCAACCGCCGCCGCAUCAUCAUCGACCGUCCUGGCUUUAGCUGUUAAAAUCUUUGUAACAGGGUGUUCGUUCCUCGAACGACACAUCGAUGGGUAUAUCGUCGCGGUAUACGGUUGGACGAAACAGUAUUUAAAAUGGCGAAUAAUUAGGGCUAUGCGGAUCGUUCCUGGUGUCGAGAGUCUGAAUGAUGGGUCGGAAAGGUUCGGUCGAAGUUGGACGAGAUCUUGAUACAAAUUGCUAAGUUAUACAAUUUCUACAUUUAUAGAAUUUCUUAAUUUUCAAAUUGUCACAUUUUCACCAGAUUUUGAAACCAUGUUUAGUUACAAUGGUUAUAUUAGAAUCUCGCCCGAAUUCAUCCGAAUUGGUCUGAUCUUGAACCCCAGGAUUCCGCAUACCCCUAAUCAGAACAGUAGUAUUUGUUUUUUUAUCGAUGAAGUAAUCGCGAAAUUAUCCGUGAUUGGAUACCACUGAAAUAUAGUAAGAUACUCUAUUCACAAUUAUAGAUACUGUUUUAUCCAAUUUUACUUCUACAUACACGAUCAUAAUCAGAACUUGCUUCAAAAUACAACGACGCUAAAAUGUUUUCUUUUUUAAUACUUUUAAUAGGAAUGCUAAAAGUAAUCAAUAUUUUUUUAAUGUCACGAAUAUGUCAUUGAUUUAUUUCAUUAAUGCAUGAACAUUAUUUUUCUUUUUAUCAAUUAACGAUGAGCAGCUCUAAUAUUACAAUGACAGAGAUGGAACAAAGUUCUGAUUACGAUAUUUCGAAAGAUAGCCGACAGAAACGUCGCAGUUUCGUGUAUGUCAAAAACGCGUGAAAAUAGUUGAUCGUUAAUUUUCUCUUUUUUCUUCUAUUUCCUCUAUUGUACAUAUAGUUUUAUUGAUCGACUAGCGAGCAACGGUUUUUAAAAUCUUUUUCGGGAACUAUGUAUAUAACAGGGUUUCAAAUUGUUAAUUAAAUUUAUUUCAUUGAGCAUUAAUUAACAAUCGACGCUUACUAAUUAGACUUUUUAAUUAUGAUUAAAAAUUUAAUUUUUAGUUUGAUCGCGUUUGAUCAAAGAUUAAAAUUUAUUUUUUAACAGAAUAAAAUUUUCAAUUAAUUGUCGAUUAAAAGAUAUUCAAUUAUCCAUGAUAAUUUAAUUAUUAAUUACGUAAUUAAAAGUUUCGAAACCCUGCUAUAUAAACAACCGAUUUCUCCAUUGGUUUGUUUUCCCCAUUCUUCGCAUUUCUUUGAUCUUUUCUUUUUUUACCGAAACAAUACGCAUCUUCGACAUUUUUACAGAAGAUUUAUCAGGAAAAAAGUGGAAAGGAAAAGAACGUUUAGCUUUUAGUUGGUAAUCUAUUUUGUAGUCAUAUGUAUAUAAAGGAUAAGCCUACUUUGCGUAGGAAUUUUUGAUAGUUUUUUCUAAUGAGACUAGUCGACGGCUUAGACGGAAGUUGAAGUCGCUAGUGCAGGAAGUAACCUUUCUAUCAAAAGUUCCUCUAUCUUAACUGUUCUUCUAAUGGACGUCCCUUUCUCUUUCACGGUAUAUCGAAACAUGGAAUAUGCAAUAUUCGAUUUGUUAUAGAGAAAAAGCAAAAAUUACGGCCCACUGAUGACAGAGUGCUCGCAAUUAUCCUGCCUAUCGGAAUACGUAUCGGUUUCUUGUUUUACGUUGCAAUGGCAAAUCGCCAAACACGUAGAAAUUUUACGUAAAUUCUGAUUUCGAAGGAUUUCUGUAUGAUAUAUCGAGUGCACUGUUGCCGGUGUAUCUUAUGUAGAGUAUAUAGACUUGUUAGCGAUAUAAGCUAGGAUUCGUUUCUUUGUAUAUAAAAUACAUAUCCUCCAUAGACGAUGUGCUCGAUGUAAAGAAAGAUCUGCAAUGUCGAAGACCUUGUAGAGUCGUCCGCGAUAGAUGAAAAACGGGAAAACGUAGGGAAAUAGAUGGAAACGUGAAAAUUGUGUGUACGCAUGUGUCUGUGUAUGUAUGCGUGGACGCGUGAGUGGUCAGUAUGUGUCGUGUGAUUUGUGGAUGAGGAUAGAAUAAAGUGUAAUACACCACAAUCAUACAUUAACCCACCUUAUUGCUGAUAAAAAAGACAGAAGGAAGCGGUAUAUUAAAACUUAUAAAUAUAUACAUAUAUAUUGUAAAUGUAUAUUGUAAAUGUAUCGAUGACAGAUUAAAGCACAGUUUGUUACAAAGUUGUAUGACAUAUUUUUCAUAAACAAUGAAUUCCUGUCGACCACGAUGUAUUCAGAAUA